GUGGAUUUGACGUCAAAAUUAACUAAAAAAAUUGUGUUUUUCUGAUUUUUUUUAAUUUAAUUUCAAUUUUAGUUUCAAAAUAAAAAAAAAUUCAAAUAAAAUAAAGAAUUUUUUAAAAUAAUUUCAUUUUUAUUUUAAAGGUGAUCUGUUAUAAUUUUUUUGAAUGCAAAGCCAAUAAAACAAACGCAUACCGUAAUAUAUUAAUGAACACAUAACAAUUUGGAAUAUACAAACAUAUGUACAUAUGUGCUAUAAAAGGAAAAAGGAAUGUAAUAAUGAAUGAAAUUGAUGAAAAUAAUUUAAAAUCAUCUGAUGUAAAUGCUACUAUAGUAAAUUCUUGUAUUGAAUCUACUAAAACAACAUCUCAUAAUGAUGAUGAGCCUAAUGAAAAAUCAUAUUUACAAAAGAAUAAAAACGAAUUUGAACAAAAAAAUCAACAACACUAUAAUACCAGUGAUAAUGAUGUUAAAGCAAUUCUAAAUGAAAUCAGUGGAAUUUAUUCAGAGCGGAUAACUGAAAUCGAUCUAAAGGCUGCCGGUGAUCAUAAGUUAAAGUGUGAUACGUACAAAGAAUGGAUUCAAAUAUUAAUUGAAUUUAUACAUUAUAUGUUUGAAAAUUUAAAAGAAUUAGAGUUGAAUGCGAAAAACGCUAUUAUACAUUUAGAAAAAAGGCUUAAUCACCGUAGAAUUCUUGAUCAUGCUGAUUUAAAUAAUGAAAAUUUAAAAAAUGAUUUUUUAAAUUUAUUAACUCUAAUUCGUCGUGUAGUUGAACAAGGGAAUUGUGAUGCAACUGGAUUAGAUUUUAAAACGAUUACUAAAGAACAAAUUUUUGACACGGAAAACCAAACAAAUAUAUGCAACCAAUCAAGUAUAAAUAUUCAAAAAUUAAAUUCUCAAAUUAUUGAAAAUAGAAAUGAAAUAGAUAAAUUGUCAUCAGAAAAUUAUAUUUUAAAAAAUGAAAUAGAAGAAAAGGAUUUAUUAAUUUCGAACUUACAAAGUAAAAUCAAUAAAUUGGAGAAAGUCGAGAAGUUUGAAUGUAACCCAGCAACUCGGAAUAAUAAUGAUGAUAGCGUGAGUGACGAUGUUGUUGGAAAGCUUAAAAACUGUUUAGGUGAGCAAGAACAGUUGCUUGCUAAGGAAUUAGAGAAAAAUGAAGUUUUAACGACUGAAUUGGAAAUUAUGAAAGCAAAAUGUGAACGAAAGGAAAAGGUUAUCGAAAGCAUGAAAUCACUUGCAUUUGAAGUAGCUGACAAACAUGAUCAAAUUCAACAGCAAAAGGCUCAUUUAUUAACAAUGGAAGAGGAAUUACAACAGGCUCACAAAAAAAUUCAAUUUAAAGAUAGUGUUAUUAAAGAUUUACGACGUGAUUUAAAAAGUCAAUUAACUAAGUCUUCUAAUAGCGAAAUGUCGACUUGUUACCCAAAUUAUAAUGUUUUAAAUAAGCUUAAUAUUCCAUAUAAUGUUAUUGGUGAUCAGGGCGAAGAGCUGGCGCAAGUUAAGCAACAGGAUGUAAAUAAACUGAUUGAAUUGGAAGAAAGUAAAUUAAUAGCUUGUCAAGCUGAAGAAGAUGUAAAUUUAAAAAUAUUGUUAUUAGAACUUGAUGAAUUAUGGCAGUUAAAACAAUGUGUUGGCAAUGAAAGUUUAAAAGAACUUGAGCAAAUGAUAGAACGAUUUCGAAAUAGAAUUCAAAAUAUGGCAAUUGAUCAGACAUCAAUGAAAAAUAAGUUGCAGCACAUGAGAGAAACAUUAUUAAAAAUUGUAAAUGGACAGUAUGUAUGUAAAAACAUUGAAAAUGACCGCACUGAUUGUAACGAUAUUUCACCAAAUGGAAAUAAUUUUGAUAUUGAAUUGUUAAGAAGAGUUAAUGAGAAAAUCUUUAAAUUGGAGAAUGAACUAUGCUCUGUAAAAAAUCAAUUUGGAGGACUUCAAUUAGAAAUUGAAAGGACUCAUUCAAAUCUCAAUUCAAAAGACCGAAUAUUAGAAAAGCAAAAAUAUAUUUUGAAACAUUUAGCAGAAUAUCUUGGGCAAAUUAUUGGUGUUCCUAUUAAUUUUGAAACAAUUUUACAAGAAUCGAACGAAAAUGAAAAUAAAGAUUUAUUUAUUAGAAAUAUAUUAUGUGAUGGUCUUGAAAAUAUUCUAAUGAAAAAAGAAAAGACAAUUAAAGAAUUACAGGAGUAUAAUCAACAAAUUGAAGAUACUUUAAACGGUCGAGAAGUAUUCUUAGCAGAAAUUAAUAACAAAUUAAAAGAAAAAGAAGAAAUGAUUCGACAAUUAAAUGAAAAUCUUCAUUAUAAUGAAGAGAGUAUAAAAGUUUUAACACACGAAAAACAUUGUUUAAAUGAAGAAAUACAGAAGCAAUCAGCUUCGUUAAAAAAUUCUGAUAUAAAAAAAUUACUUAACGAAAUUGAAGAACUGCAGACAUUGAAUAAAAACCAAGUGACGACAAUAUCCAAUUUAAUGGAGGCUUUAGAAAAUAUUAAAAGAGAACAUCAUACAACUGGUAACGUUUUUAAUAGUAAUGAAAGAUUAGGUAAUGUACAAAAUAGCAAUACAACAGACACUUCGGAUAUAGUAGAUAAUACUCAAAACAGAAGUGGAUCUUUAUGGGGUUGGUUCCGUGGUAAUACUUAUGAUGUCUGAUAUUGUUUAGCUAAGAAAGAGUCUACUAUAAUUACUUUAAUUUGUUUUUUUUUUUUGUUGAAAUGAAUGAAUUUAUAUUUAUAUUUUUUUAUAGAAAUAAUUAUUUAUUCGUUAAUACAACUCUUAUUGUACUAAUUAAAAUAAUGAAAAAAAAAAAACAAAAUUUUAUAAAAUAUAA